CGGAGUUUGGAGCGUCGCUUGCCCCUGUAUUCAUCCGCCGCUUAUUCCUCGAAGCGCCAUCCAUUUUCCAUACUCUUUGAUAGAGGAUCUGCACUCGCUUCGAUAUCUGCAUGAAACAACCCCGUAUCGGUGGAAACUCGGGCAAUUUUGUUGCGAAGUUUCGGACGUAGCUCAUUCUUCCGGCCCGCUCUUCCCUCGCUUACCCAUGACGUUGCCAUCCGAGCAUUGACAUGGCAGUGUCAGUCUUGAAUGUCCCUGCUUUCGACUUGCCGUCUCUUUAUUUCGCGUGUAACUCUGAUUUAUUGACUCUGUAUAGUGUGGAGUGUUUUAGUAUAGUUUGCGUUCUGAAAAGGUUGAUUUUAGUAACUGUCCUAUCAAGCUAACAGUAAAUAAACAUGGCCGACAACAAGGAUGAACUCGUGCAGAGAGCCAAGCUUGCUGAGCAGGCAGAGCGAUACGACGAUAUGGCUCAGUCCAUGAAAAAGGUUACCGAACUGGGUGCAGAACUUUCGAAUGAAGAGCGCAAUCUCCUUUCUGUUGCCUACAAAAAUGUCGUUGGAGCUCGCCGCUCGAGUUGGAGGGUUAUCUCAUCGAUUGAGCAGAAAACUGAAGGAUCUGAGAAGAAACAACAAAUGGCCAAGGAAUAUCGCGAGAAGGUUGAAAAGGAGCUCCGUGACAUCUGCCAGGAUGUACUUAACUUGUUGGAUAAAUUCCUCAUUCCCAAAGCUGGUAAUCCCGAAUCGAAGGUAUUUUAUCUGAAAAUGAAGGGGGACUACUACAGAUAUCUGGCCGAGGUCGCCUCCGGAGAAGAUAGAAGUUCGGUUGUCGACAAGUCGCAGCAGUCAUACCAGGAGGCGUUCGACAUCGCCAAGGACAAGAUGCAGCCCACUCACCCCAUCCGCCUUGGCCUCGCUCUCAAUUUCUCGGUGUUCUACUACGAGAUCUUGAAUGCACCCGAUAAGGCUUGUCAGUUGGCGAAGCAGAGCAGCUACUCUGAAGCGCUCGAGAUUGCGAAAGAAAAUUUGGCCACUACUCAUCCCGCACGCCUUGGUCUUGCAUUGAACUACUCGGUCUUUUUCUAUGAAAUAGCUUCAAGCCCUGAUAGGGCUUGUCAACUCGCCAAGCAGGCAUUCGAUGAUGCUAUCGCUGAGCUUGAUACCUUGAACGAAGACUCGUACAAGGACUCCACGCUCAUCAUGCAACUCCUGAGGGACAACCUCACCCUGUGGACUUCCGAUGCUGCUGCCGACGAUCAAGACGCAGGAGAGCAAGGAGAGGGUGCCAAUUAAACCCAUAUGAUCUGAUCCGUUUUAAUCAUUGUAAGAUGAAGAUUUGUAUAGAGUAAUGUUCUACUCUAGCUGAACUAUAUUUAUAUCGUCAAGUGAUGUGGUUGCCUGUUUUGCUUGUUCAAGUCUGUCAGUAGGCUGACAUAAGCAGCGCAUAGGAAAUCACGCGUCCUUCAGUUAACUGAUGUUGUUUUCCAGCUUUGUUUCCAUUUUGAAGAGGUAUUCUCAGUGUUCGAUCAUAACUGAUAAUGUUAAUGCCAGCGUGCAAU